AUGGAGAGGACCCUUGUCUGUCUGGUAGUCAUCUUCUUGGGGACAGUGGCCCAUAAAUCAACCUCCCAAGGGCCAGAUCGCCUCCUGAUUAGACUUCGUCAUCUUAUAGACAUUGUUGAACAGCUGAAAAUCUAUGAGAAUGACUUGGAUCCUGAACUUCUACCAGCUCCACAAGAUGUAAAGGGGCACUGUGAGCAUGCAGCUUUUGUCUGUUUUCAGAAGGCCAAACUCAAGCCAUCAAACACUGGCAACAAUAAGACAUUCAUCCUUGACUUAGUGGCACAGCUGAGGAGAAGGUUGCCUGCCAGGAGGACAGGGAAGAAACAGAGGCACAUAGCUAAAUGCCCUGCCUGUGAUUCGUAUGAGAAAAAAACACCCAAAGAAUUCCUAGAAAGACUAAAAUGGCUCCUUCAAAUGAUGAUUCAUCAGCAUCUUUCCUAG